AUGGCCCAUGAAAGCCAACAUAUCGACCAAGCCAACAACUUCGCAUGGUACUUUGCCAAUUCGCAGUUCUACGACGCGUCGUCCCUUAACCAGGCGGUUUUCAGCUCACAUCAAGCCGACCCUGCCAAAUUUGAGACUCUCCAUAACCGCAGGGAUUUCGAGCGAGCUGUGCAGAAUAUCAAACAUGGCUUGCAGUUCAUGGUCGCUGGGGAGCCACAGGGCGAGGGCCAGCCAUGGCUUCUGCAACGACAGCACAAGGUGCCGAAUGCUGAGGAUGAAGUCGAAACCCACGUCGAGGGAAAUUACUACAAUCAGGGCUUUUACAUCAGGCAGGCGCCGAGCGUGCUGGAUGUACUCGCCAUAUCCACGCGCCUCCAGCAAGUCGCCGAGCUCUCGCAGAACAUGACGCACUGGACUCCCGCGACGGGAUACUCAUACUACCCACCUUCCUACGACUCGUCCAAGCCAACAGAAACCGCAAGUCGCAUCGGCAGCCCCACGCUCGCGCCCAUGGACCUAGACCAACCCGAAGGAACCACAACAGCAGCCCAACCAUCCGAGCCCGCCGAGUCCACAACCGAAUUCUCCGACGCCCUGUUCAUGCAAUCACUCAUGCUCACCAAUCGCUACGGCGACGAGUACAUGGACGAGAACCCACUGAAGGGCGAGCCCGGCGCGUUCGUCUUCACAAACACCAAGAACGCUGUGGGAGAGCGGAAUAAGGCGCAGGAACAAGCUGCUUCCCAGCCCGCUGCUGCUGCUGCUGCUGCUGCUGCUUCGAGAGUGGAUACGCGACCGCCUAGUGUGGCGCCGUCGGUGGCGGCGACGCCCAGGGGAGCGCCUACGCCUGUACCAGAGGCGCACAGCAGGAAGGGUAGUACGGCGAAUGUGCCCAAGGACAAGAAGCGCGAGAGGAGGAAGAGCAAGGGGUUGGCGAGUCCGACGACGCCGGGGGUGCCGCCGACGGGAUAG